AUGCCGGCCCUUUUUUGGUUUUUUGUGGGGGAUGGGGGCCUCCCCCCCCCCCCCCCAGGGCUCCCCCGGGGCCCCCCGCUGGGGGCGGAGCUGGAGCGGCGAUUCCUGGGGAGCCCCGAGGGGCUGGAGCUGCACCGGGAGCGGCCCCGGCAGCGGAGGUCGUGGCUGAGGACCCCAGACCCCCGCGCGCUCUUUGCCCUGGAGCCCACCCCCGUGGCCGGGGGGCUGCGGGCGCAGCGGGACCCCCGCACGGGCGCCCUGCUGGGCUUCAGCGAGGAGCUGCUCCCCUCCGCGGGUCUCUCCCCUUCCAGCUCCCCCUCCCUGCUGCGCCCCCCCGGCCCCCCCGGCGAGGGGCUCAGGGGGGGGGGGCUCUGCAGCGUCCCCUUCUGGCCAGGCGGGCAGGACGAGCCCACCCUGGAGCAGAUCCGCGCCCCCCAGGAUGAGGAAGAGGAGGACGUGGAUUUCGACACAGAGCUGCUGACGACCCCGCCCGGGCUGAAACGGGGGGUGGAGUUCAAACCCCAAGCCGCGGCGGGGGGGCCGCUGUCGCUGUCCAGCCUCCUGGAGACCCUCGACACCUUUGAAUUGGGGGGGGGCGACCCCGACUCUGGGGGUCCCCCCACGCCGUCCCGGCCCACCCGACCCCCACCCCCAGUCCCCCAAAUCCCCCCCAAACUCCCCCACCCCUAA